GUUAAUUUAUUUUUGAACAAAUUCAUCCUAUACAUAAGUAAAGCCUUUAUAGAAAAUAUGCCUGAUUUAACGCUCACAUAUACCAACGAACUUGAUUCUCAACACUCUUGCUUUAAGGAAGUACCGGUAGAGGAAGACAAGCAAAACUUUUAUGGCUCCUUAAAACACCAAGUAAGAGCAUUACAAGAGUACUCGAAUGUGUAUUUUACAGAGAAGAUGAAGUUUGAGACGAAAAACGAUGUUCCUGAUGAGCAACCCAUCAUGCUAUAAACAUUGGGGGUGUUACUACUCGUUGAUAGUGAUUGAAAGUGGACUGGCUAGGCUGCCUGUGUUUAUUUGUGAGUUUACAUGAGGAAAUCUGAAACUUCAAUGAUAAUGACCAGGUGGAUUUUUCAUUAAGGAAAGGAAAUUCAUACAUACACACUUAAAUAAAGUUCUUUAGCUUCUGUAAACGUUUAACAGCUUCUUCUAGUGUUUCAUAAGUUUUGCAAAAAGAAAAACGAAGAUAAUCUUCGGCCAAAGGGGCAUCUUCAUCUGUAUAAAAUUCGGUAGGGGGGAUGGUUGCGACACCAAUUUCUUUCAACAUCCAAAAGCAUAAACGAAAAUCACGUGGGCGAGACAAGAUAUGUUCUGGGAAAGGAUAAUCUUCAGGUAGUUUUACCUUGGAAAAGUUAGCCAUCACAUAGUAACUACCAUCAGGGAUCGUAUAAGGAAUGCCGAGUUGAUCAAAGGCCUCCGCCAAAAUGGAAAACCUCUGUUUAUACGUUGAUAUAUAUUCUUCCCAGUAGCCCACCUUGUCAGCCUCCUCAAAGGCAAUGGCUGUGGCCUCUUGUAAUGGACUGUUUACGCAAAAACAGAUCCGUGUAUGGGCAGUAGCAGAAUACUUAAUGAUGCUCUCGUCUCCAAUGAUCCAGCCAACCCGCCAGCCGGUGCAUCCAAACGUUUUUCCGCCGGAGCCAACCGUGACGACAUGACGAAACAGCUCUGGGCGAAGAGUAGCAAGACGAACAAAAGGAGUGUAAGAAAGACGAUCAUAGACUUCGUCAGAGACUACAAGCAAAUUAUGUUCUAGUACAAUGUCGGCAAUUUCGUUCAGCUCUUCUUCCGAAAAGAUCUUUCCAAGGGGAUUAUGAGGAGUAUUAAUAACGAUCAUUUUUGUCUUGUCAGUGAUUGCAGCUCGCAGUCGAUUUAUAUCUAGCCUCCAUUCUUUAGCAGACACAGGGCGCUCCGCUCCUUCCUUGGGGGGGAUUAAAGGCACAUAAACAGGAACACCGCCAUUCAUCUGGAUGUUGGAUACGUAUUGAUCAAAGAAAGGUUCCAUCAAAAUCACUUCGUCACCAGGAUUCAAAAAUGCUGCAAACACACUGUAAAAUCCUUCGUUCGCACCAGCUGUGACUACAAUUUCCGUGUCCGAAUUCAGCUUCCGAUUGAAUAGAGGAGAGUAAGCUUUCGACAGGGCGUUCCGAAGGCUUAUACGACCACGCGUGUGGGAAUAUUGAUUGCAAGACACCUCGUCUAUACAUUUCUUCGCAGCGUUUAAGACAAAUUUGGGUGGACUAUAGUCGAAGAAUCCCUGACUUAGCGAAACUGGGGGCACUUUACAUUCUGCUGUUGCCUUGUUUACCAUAGUCCAAACAUCUGGACGACUCCCAGCAACCCGAAAGGAAGGGACUAUGGUAUUUGCUGUCAUUGCAAGGAUUCUUGUAGGUCGAAACAACUUGGAAUAAUUUUUUUUUUAAAAAAAAAGGAGCUUUUUUAUAUCAAUAUUGCUAACAAAGCUGUUAACGUACGGUUUACGGUUGAAAAAAUCAUGGCGAAACCAAGUUUUAUAGAAAUUUCGUAAUCAGAUAAGCUAACGAAAUAUUGGAUGAAAAUUACGAAUGCAGCCAAGCUGGAGAUAAAACAAAAAAUUU